AUGUCAUCAGCUAAAGUUAUAAUUGUUUCUUCAGAUAAUGAAAAGUUCCCAGUUGAACCAAAGAUUGCUGAAAAAUCAAUCUUGAUUAAGAAUAUGAUUAAUGAUUUACAUCCAGAUGGUUUAGAAGAAGAUUUUGAAAUCCCAACUCCAAAUGUUAGAGCCAAUGUUUUGAGCAAAGUUUUAGAAUGGUGUGAACAUCAUAAAAAUACCAUUUUCCAAGAUGAUGAAGAUGAAGAUGCCAAAAAAUCCAUUCCAGUUGAAGAAUGGGAUAGAAAUUUCUUGAAAGUUGAUCAAGAAAUGUUGUAUGAAAUUAUCUUAGCUGCUAAUUAUUUGAAUAUUAAACCAUUAUUAGAAAGUGGUUGUAAAAUGGUUGCUGAAAUGAUUAAAAGUAAAUCCCCAGAAGAAUUAAGAAGAACUUUUAACAUUGUUAAUGAUUUUAGUCCCGAAGAAGAAGCCGCCAUUAGAAAAGAAAACGAAUGGGCUGAAGAUAGAUGA